AAUGGGAAGAAGAGGUUUAUGUUCUAAACGAAAAUAACGAGUAUCAACAAAAUAAAAACAACAAUAACGGAAAGAGACCUCAAGCACAGUCAGAGUCUAGGUGGAAAAAUAGACUCAGGCGAAGGGUGAACGACCAAGAACCACGUUUAAUAACAGUGGAGGACUCGCAAGACAUGAUGGACGAAGACAUAUUUGCACCAAGAAAGCCCCAGCGUAAACGUGAACCAUUGGUGGUAGAUAAACUUCCCUCUUAUGACAUUGCGAAAGACCU